AGACAGCAGCAACUAAGCUGUGCAAGGUUUUUUUUUUUUCCCCUUUUUCUUUUUCCCCUUUCUUUUUCUUUCUUUUACCUUUUUUUCUUCUUUCUUUUCUUCUUUCUUUCUUUUUUCCCCCUCCUUUUCUUUAAGGUGGGGAAAGAGACAAACAGGAGACAGGAAGCUGAUCUACCAGGAUUCCGAGUUGUGUUUAAAAGGACUUUGAUUUUAUUUUUUUUUCUUUUACAAACGCUGGCAGUUGACAUCACUACAGACAGCCUGGUUAGAGGAAAACUGCCUCAUCCCAAGUGGACCCCGGCAGCUGUGGGAAGGCAGGCAAGAUCUGGAGAGGCUGUGUGGGAUUUUUUUUUUCUCCUACGGAUCCCCCUCCUUCUUUUUUAUUUUUCCUUCUGGUGUGUUUCUUUUUGAAAUUCUUGCUGUGUUGGAACUAGCGAGUGGUUGUGGAAGACGAGGAAUCGCUGAAGUCUCAUCAGUCAUCCGGACUGUCAGGAAUAGUGGUUUAAGAGGAAGCUCGGCCUGGGGCACUAUACCCUGUCAUCCAGUUCCCUGCCUCGGAGAUAAAGAUUCAGCUACAUGGGCAAACGCUUGGAUCAGCCACAAAUGUACCCCCAGUACACUUACUACUAUCCUCAUUAUCUCCAAACCAAGCAGUCCUAUGCACCAGCUCCCCACCCCAUGGCUCCUCCCAGCCCCAGCACAAACAGCAGCAGCAACAACAGCAGCAACAACAGCAGCGGGGAACAGUUGAGUAAAACCAACCUAUACAUUCGAGGCCUUCCACCAGGCACCACUGACCAGGACCUAAUCAAGCUAUGCCAACCGUAUGGAAAAAUUGUAUCUACAAAGGCAAUUCUUGACAAAAACACAAAUCAAUGCAAAGGUUAUGGUUUUGUAGAUUUUGAUAGUCCUGCAGCUGCACAGAAAGCAGUAGCAUCACUCAAGGCAAAUGGGGUGCAGGCACAGAUGGCCAAGCAACAAGAACAAGACCCAACAAACCUCUACAUCUCAAAUCUCCCCAUUUCUAUGGAUGAGCAGGAGCUUGAGAACAUGCUGAAACCCUUUGGACAUGUCAUUUCCACAAGAAUACUGAGAGAUGCUAAUGGUGUCAGCAGAGGUGUUGGCUUUGCCAGAAUGGAGUCUACUGAAAAAUGUGAAGUGGUUAUUCAACACUUUAAUGGAAAAUACCUGAAAACACCACCAGGCAUCCCAGCCCCUAGUGAGCCUUUACUGUGCAAAUUUGCUGAUGGAGGACAAAAGAAGAGACAGAAUCAAAGCAAAUAUACCCAGAAUGGAAGGCCUUGGCCCAGGGAAGGAGAGGCUGGCAUGGCCCUGACCUAUGACCCCAGUGCUGCCAUUCAGAAUGGAUUUUAUUCUUCACCGUACAGUAUUGCAACCAACCGCAUGAUUCCACAGACAUCUAUCACGCCAUUCAUUGCUGCUUCCCCUGUCUCUACAUACCAGGUCCAGAGUACUUCAUGGAUGCCUCAUCCGCCAUACGUUAUGCAACCAACAGGUGCUGUGAUCACACCGACAAUGGAUCAUCCUAUGUCAAUGCAGCCAGCAAACAUGAUGGGCCCCCUGACACAACAGAUGAAUCAUCUUUCAUUGGGCACAACAGGAACGAUUCAGUCCCAAGACAGGAUUAUGAUACUCCACCAGCUGUUGUGUCAGUAUAUGACUGCUGCCGCUCCUAUGCAAGGGACCUACAUUCCCCAAUACACGCCUGUGCCUCCGACAGCUGUUUCUAUUGAAGGUGUUGUUGCCGAUACCUCUCCUCAGACAGUGGCACCUUCAUCCCAGGACACCAGUGGUCAGCCGCAACAGAUAGCAGUGGACACAUCCAAUGAACAUGCACCUGCAUAUUCUUACCAACAAUCUAAACCAUAAACAAGACUGAAGAAUGUCUGUUUGAAACUUUGCCUUGAAUGAAGAAACUUCACUGAACAAGAAGUUGGCUUCCAGUUUGCACAGACGUCAAUGGAAAGCUUUUUUUUUUUAAUUUUUACUUUACCCAGUGAAAACUAAAUGUUUUUUAUGUGCUGUGCAAAUGGUUCCUUCAUAUGGUCUGACAGUUCAUUUUUGCCUUUUUUUUAAUUAAAGAAAAAAAUAUCCGAGAAGAGGAAAAAAACAGCAAAACAAAGGAUGAGGGUUGAUAUUUUAUCUGGAAGAACAUUUGACUUCAGAAGUUACCUGAAGGUGUAGAUAAAUUUGUUUCUUUCCUUUUUUUAACAGAAAAUCUGAUGUCAAGAAGUAGGCAAAAAGGAAACAAAUUGUCUUCCUUAGUAAUUAAAGUACUCUUCCUUUUUCCUU